UGUUGAUCUUCAACCUGGACUGAGAAAAGCAAAAAAAUCCAAACUUUGGCGCAGAAGCAGAAUGAAAGUUGGGACCUUCAAUGCCGCUUUCUCUUCCGAUGUCCGUACACUUCACAGACCUCCGAGCUCUUCAAUUUUCGGCGCGGCAAACCGUAAAAGUUUCACUGCCAGACCUUCCAUGGCGUCCAGUUUUACCCGGCGGCUUUCGAUCCGCUGCGCCGUUCGCUUCCGGCCUUGCAUUGACAUACACAUGGGGAAAGUGAAACAAAUUGUUGGGUCUACCCUUUCUGAUUUGAAGGAUGAUGGGUCGGUUCUUGUUACCAAUUUUGUGUCGGAUAAGUCUGCAGCGGAGUAUGCAAAGAUGUAUAAAGAAGAUGGGCUUACAGGUGGUCAUGUUAUCAUGCUUGGAGCUGACCCUUUGAGUAGAGCUGCAGCCAUUGAAGCUUUGCAUGCCUAUCCUGGUGGUUUGCAAGUAGGAGGUGGGAUCAAUUCAGAAAAUUCUUUGAAUUACAUAGAAGAAGGGGCUAGCCAUGUCAUUGUCACUUCCUAUGUAUUUAACAAUGGACAAAUGGACCUUGAAAGGCUUAAAGAUCUUGUUCUUGUUGUUGGAAAAGAAGGGCUUGUUUUAGACCUUAGCUGCAGAAAGAGGGAUGGUAGAUAUGCAAUCGUCACAGAUAGAUGGCAGAAGUUUAGUGAUGUGAAUCUUGAUGAGGAAAUAUUGAACUUUCUUGCCAACUAUGCAGACGAAUUUCUGGUACAUGGUGUUGAUGUUGAAGGGAAAAAGCUGGGAAUUGAUGAGGAGCUUGUGGCAUUGCUUGGAAAGUAUUCACCGAUUCCUGUAACUUAUGCUGGUGGUGUGACUGUAAUGGCUGAUUUAGAGAGGAUAAAAGUGGCGGGACUGGGACAUGUAGAUGUAACUGUUGGCAGCGCUUUGGAUGUUUUUGGAGGCAACUUGUCAUACAAAGACGUCGUUGCUUGGCAUGCCCAGCAGGAGGCCUUGACUGUUUAGUGCAUUUCUACUAUCUUUUGGUUCUGAGUACGUAGACAUCUAGGUUAUUCUGGCUUAUUUAUAUAGAAAAAGUACAUUGCAAAGGAUAGUUCAGCUCUUUAACUUCAAAUAAAAGGCCGCUUUGUAAGUUAUGAGUAGAAGCUAUUAUUUUUUGGGGCCAAUGAAGUGAAAAUUUGCACCAGGAUAAUGUGCCGAAACUGAGUCGGAACCUUGAGUUACAAAUCAAGAUUGAGGUGCUCUUUUUUUUUUCUCCCCUCA